UCUCGCUUCAUGCUGUCAAUUGCAGGUCUAUUUUCACCAGUACGGUAAAAUUAUUGUGAUUUAUGUAUUUUCUACUCUCGAUUGUCCAGUUUACCAUUUUUCAAUAAUAUUCCAAUAGUAAAAUAUAGUGAGUGACUAUACUGGUGUGCGUAAUCAAAAGAAAAAUCGGUACAGAGUGUGUAGUGGAAUGUGAUUAUGCUAAAAUGUAAUGUAAACAAGCAGUUGUGAUAAUGCAAUUGUGAUAAUAGGUUCUGACAUUGGCUGCCCUAUCAACAUUCGUUGACUGAACUAAAUUUGUUUGAAUUUAUUCGUUAUCUGUGUUCAACUCGUCAACGAAUACUUGGGUUCAAGAUGAAAAAAUUGUUCAAAAUUAUUACCCAUCAAAGGAGUUUUAAUUCUGAAGAUUUGCUACUUAACUCAAAAGAUCAUCCAGAUUUGAAGCUCAAUGAUAUUGUCGAAAUUUAUCAUCCGGAAGAUGAUAACAUCCGUUUGCUACUACAGGUGAAGUAUCUAACUGAAGAUGUGAUGAACCGGGAAACCAUCAGUGUUGAGGCGAAUAUUGCCGUGGCCUUUAAUCUGAAACCAUACAAAGAUGUUUUCAUGCAGAAAAUGGACCCUACUGAAGUGGCGUUAGAUUCCGUAGAAAUAACAUUCAAGGAUCAGUACAUGGGCAGGUCCGAGAUGUGGCGAUUGAAAACUUAUCUCACCAAUACUUGUGUUUAUCUGAACAAAAAAAUCGAAUACUGCGAGGGAUGUAUCCGAUGUCAGGUUUACGAAAUGUGGUCACAGGGAGAUCGAGUUGCCUGCGGUGUGAUCACGGAAGAUACCAAGGUCGUUUUCAGAAGCAACACGUCGAUGGUUUAUCUAUUCAUUCAAAUGUCGUCUGAAAUGUGGGAUUUCGACAUCCAUGGUGAUUUGUAUUUUGAGAAAGCAGUGAACGGGUUUCUAGCAGAUUUGUAUACAAAGUGGAAGAAGUUGGGCAGUAAUCAUGAAGUGACCAUUGUGAUGUUUUCUCGAACAUUUUACGCUGCGAAAUGCUUGGAUGAGUUUCCGCUGCACAUGCGAGAGUGUCUCCAGGUGGAUUACAAAGGUCGAUUCUAUGAAGAUUUCUAUCGUGUUGCGAUUCAGAAUGAGCGUUGUGAUGAUUGGAGCUCAACUUUAGUCCAGCUCCGACGUCUGUUUACUGGAUAUCGUGACGUAGUUCUAAAGUAUCACGUACGACCUAAUUUGGAUGUGAAAGUCCCGCAAGCAACAAAUUCUACUGCUGCUCAGGGUAAUUUUCUGGAAGUACUGAAUAUCUCGCUGAAUGUUUUCGAGAAACACUAUUUGGAUCGAAGUUUCGAUCGAACUGGACAACUUUCGGUAGUGAUUACGCCUGGUGUAGGUGUUUUCGAGGUAGAUCGAGAAUUAACGAAUAUCACUAAACAACGAAUCAUUGAUAACGGUGUUGGAAGUGAUUUGGUGUGUGUCGGUGAACAACCGCUUCAUGCAGUACCAUUACUGAAAUUUCAUAAUAAGGAUUCUCUUACAUCUAUCGAUGAUUAUUCGAUGCCACAUUGGAUCAAUCUUAGCUUUUAUUCAACCAAUAAGAAAGUAGCGUACUCAACGUUCAUUCCAAGGAUAAAACCACCUCCCUUAGCGCAGGAGACAACAUCUCAGGAAUCUUCGGAUGCAUUCAGGUUAAAACUUCCGAAAAAAGAAAACAAAAAUGAAUACAUUCACAAUUGUCUUUUCGAUUAUGAUGCGUAUGACGAUCAGAUCUUUCAAAUGCCCACGGUACAUGGGACGUGUUCCCUGCAACGUGUGGCCCGUACGAAGAAAACUUCUGUUCCUAGUUUAGACGGUUUCGGGAUGUAUGGAAACAAUCGCGAAUGGGAUAGUUUGUCAUCUCCAUCGGAUCUGCGGAGGAAAAUGUCCGAUCCGGAUAUACAUCAUAACAUUAAUAACAUGUUGAAUUUGAGUGUGACUUCCCACAACAGUUCCCUUAGCACAACGGAAAACGCACGCGAAAAGAACUUGAAUCGUAGCUUCGGAUCGUCCAGUGGACCAGUUGUACGAACUGGUCGAGCGUUGAUAAAUCCGUUUGAUCCAUCGCAUGUGACAAUCAAGCUGACCUCCAACAGGCGACGAUGGACGCACAUCUUUCCAAAGGGUCCACAAGGUGUGCUGAUUCAGCAGCACCAUUAUCAGGCCGUCCCGACUACUAACAAGGUUGUUAACUAUGCUGCUUUUGAUCUGGAUACAAGUAGCGAAUAUGCACAUACAUCAACCUGCACAUGGGGACAGCAGGGUCGACAUGGCAGUAUCGCUUCGUCGGAUAGUCGACUGAAUGAUGAAGACUUGAAGUGGAUUGCUGAAAACAAAGGUAAUCGUAAAAGGUCAGGACUGCUGCAUUCGGCUGCUGGCCCAACUGUUACGGUUACACCAUCAAAGAGCCUCACUCUUCUGUGGGGUGUCACCGGCGAACAGGAAUGGACUCCCUCACUUACCACAGCUGGAAGAGUCAUCAUAGGCGUUGAUUGGAAAUCGUUAACCAUUCCGGCAUGCCUGCCAAUCACAACGGAUUACUUCCCGGAUAAACGUUCCCUGCACAAUGACUAUGUCGUGUCGGACUACACUCUACUGCCGGAUGAUGUGAAUGCUGAUUUUGCACAAAAUCGUGCAAUUUACAAGAAACCCCUUUCUACGGAUGAAGUAUUCAAAGAGCUUGUUUCACAACGAUUAGCACAGGGGUUCCAGUUGAUCGUUCUGCCGGAUACUCCGUCGCCAAAUCCGCAACAGGCUCCUUGCUGCGGCGGUCAAUUGCAAAAUUCCUACCAGUCUAGUUCCGUCCUCAGAAUUCGUGCUCCUCAGGAGCAAUCUCAAGAGUAUCUUUUGUCGAUCGGUCGGAUCUUCCACAAGAUAUCGUUGAGUGGAUCAACUAUCACAGUCACUAGGUAUCGACCAAGGCACCCGUAUCCACCGAUCAACGUAGGAUAUCCAUAUCGAUUUCAUGCUCCUCAGCACGACACUUAUGAGAUAUCCGGUGUUAAAUUCGCCACUGAGAAGUUGGAGAACUUUAACUGGAACUAUAUGGAUCAGUAUAUUUGUACUCGUGGUGAUACGGAUUUUCAAUUGCUCGAGAACAUGAAAUACUGGCGCUAUCGAAUGUAUCUUCUUCCACGGGAGGAUCCUGCCAUGAAGAAAAUCCUGGACGGAACGGUGAAGCGUUGCGAUAUUUACACGGAAGAUAAGCCAAUCCAGUCGGAGAAACACGUGUGCAAUGAAUUCAUUCGAUUUGUGGAGUCUCAUCUGAAUAAAAUUAAAAAAAUUUCAGCCAAAAAGCCAAGGGGGAUGCAGUCCCAUUUAACCCGAAGACGACACAGUACCAGUAUACUGUCCCGGCCACCGACUAAUCAGGUAUCUCAAGCGCAACCCUAUCGGGAACGAGUUGGAAGCAAUCGACUGCCGGAAAAGCCUCGUCUAAGCAUACUUACCAGAUCGGGUUCCAAAGUGCUCGAUAAAGCGAACAUCCAGGCGACAGUGGCGAACCAAAUCAGUUCCGUAGGAGGUAAAACCACAGUCGAUGGGAUUCCUCUGUCGACACUCAACUCUGCUUCGGAACAAGGUUUACCCGAGGAUAGCGAUGACUUUUGCACGGAAAGUAGCAAGCUGAAGCAAUCAGCAACGCUGCAGGAAAUAUUCGAAGCCUUUCGAAACCCUGACCACGGAGUUGGAUUUCUCGGACCGGCACAGAGUUUGCCUUCGUGCACUUUCGUGUCUUACGACGCCAUCACUUGGCUGCAGAACCGAAUCGAGGGACCGUCUAAUCCGCUGAAGAUCUUGGAAGAUAUGAGAAGAGCUCGCAUGAUUUGCCAUGCAUCAGGCGAUGCCGAAAAACCGGUAAUUCCGGGAUUCUGCCUGUACUACAUCAUGAUGCAGGAUAAGGAAUCACGAGACUACACUCCCCCGCUCGGUGACCUGGAAGCAUUUGAGAACGAAUGGAUGGAAGUGGAGCUCCAGCAUCCCGAUCUGCAGAAACCAGUUGACCCAAUAGAUGUCGAUGUACCAGCAUUCCUGCGUGAAACAAUUGAUUUGAACGAAGAAUUCGUCAAUGUUCCUCUGUAUAAGCAAACUCAUUUGGACAUUGACGUGAACAACAAAUCCGACCGUACGGAAUGGGGACAUGCUCGGUAUCAUCGAAAAAUGAUUCCGGGUCACGCGUAUGAAAUCGUAGUGCAAUGGAUAACUGCUUCGGGACCAAUCGUAUGCGAUCUUAUUAGUGGUUGGUCUCGAAGAGCCCAGGGAUGCGGGUUUCAGCUUGUAUCAAUACCAGCAGAUCCUCUGGCCGAGCCGAUUACGGAAAAAAGUGAUCCUUUGCGUGGACCCAUAUUCGUACCUUUGGACAUUGAAUGUCUGAAGCAACAUAGAAGUUUCCUUUUCGAAGAGUUCAAAAAAGAGACGUGGCUGAAAAGAUUGCUUCUGUUUCAGGAAGCGAUUGUUACUCGGUUCGGUUUCAUGAGAUGCGCGGUUGAAACGAAAAUUGGAUCAAAUGAAGCCUCGCUAGUCUAUCAAUACGUUCAUUGCACUGGAAAUAUGUUCAUUCUGGUGACUAAUUCUAACCACGGAAAGAAAUCCCGCCAAAGACUUACCUCCGGUGGAAGCAGCAUAACAAAUUUCAUUAAUCGUUAUUCGGCAUCAUACGAGUCUCAGGUGCAGAAUAAUAUAUCCUCCGGUGCACAAGAGUCCUACAUAACGCGUCAUGUGACCGGUAGUAAAAACAAAGAAGACUGUGAAGUCAUCCGACGAACGGGAUUUCUCUGGUCCUGGAAUCAUAUGAUUCCGAACAAAAAGUGGAAAUCGCUGGCGAUCGCACAAUCGGAAGAGCUGCUUCAGUUGAGAAUGUUGAGAGACUUCAAAGACUUUUGCGCCAACAGGGAGGAACGACUGGUGAACUUUUGGGAAGAGUGCUGGGAGGCGAAGGUAAAAUCGGCAAUGGCAAGAACGUAGGUGGCGUCGAACGGUAUCAGCAGUCGGUGAUAUCAUGUAGAUAAAUGAAACACAUUUCAGUUGUUUGUUAUCGUCGAAUUUUAUUCUUCCCAAAAUGAGGACGUUUACGUUUGUACAAAUUGUUGUUAAAAAUGCCAUUUUACCUAUUAGUUUCGUUUUGUAAACAACUUUUUUAUAGAAGAAUACAUAAAGCUUUGUGAUAUCGUUACAGCUAUUAAAUCGA